AUGGCCACCAGAGAUUUGACAAUGGGGAUGAUCUUCUUAUCACAAACUCUUACAGGAAUCCUGGGGAAUUUCUCUCUUCUUUCCCAUUAUCUCUAUCUCUACCUCACAGGAUGCAAGUUUAGGUCCACAGAUUUGGUCAUCAAACACCUGAGUGUAGCCAACUGCUUAGUCAUUCUCUCUAGAGGAGUUCCCCAAACCAUGGCAGCUUUGGGGAUGAAGCAUUUCCUCAGGGACCUUGGGUGCAAACUUGUGUUCUAUGUUCAUAGGGUGGGCAGGGAUGUGUCUAUUUGCAGCACCUGCCUCUUGAGUAUCUCCCAGGCCAUCACCAUCAGUCCCAGGAACACCAGAUGGGCAGAGCUCAAAGCAAAAGCUCCCAAGUACAUUGGCUUCUCUGUUGCACUUUUCUGGAUGGUGAACCUGAUACUAAAUGUCAUGGUACCUGUGCAUGUGACUGAGAAUGGGAGUGACAAAAAUACAACAAGGGAAGUUGAUUAUGGCUACUGCUAUUCAGUCAUUAGUGACAGAUUCACAGUGUAUGGAGCAGUGUAUGUAGCACUGGUGUUAUUAAGAGAUAUUUUCUUUGUGGUGCUCUUGAUGUGGGCCAGCAGCUCCAUGGUUGUCACCCUGUACAGACACAAGCAGCAGGUCCAAUACAUCCAUGGGACCAACAUACCCUCCAGAUCCUCCCCAGAGUCUAGAGCCACCCACAGCAUCCUCAUCCUGGUGAGCACCUUUGUGUCGAGCACUCUCUCCUCCCUCUUUCACAUUUGCUUGAUUGUUUUAAACAAUCCCAGUAUGUGGCUGGUGAACACCUCUGCACUAAUCGCUGGUAGUUUCCCAACCGUGAGCCCCUACAUUCUCAUGAGCCAUGACUCCAGGGUGCUUAGGCUCAUUUUUACCUUCUCGAGGUAUACAGAAUCCCCUGCUUAG